GAGCAUCAUUACUUAAUUUCUUACCAAUGAUUGAGAAAGUUUGCCCAUUUCUUCUUCUUCUUCUUCUUCUCUUUUCUCAUCUACCAAAACAAAACUUCACUUAAACCAAAUCCAUGGAGAAAACCAACAAGACCAUAACUGACCACCAACAACAUCAUCAUCAUCACAACAUCACUAACAACUGGUUAGGUUUCUCACUGUCCUCUCCCCAUUUCAACAACAGCAACAACAACAUGGAGGUUUCUUCAGAACCUUCUCAUUCCAGAUCAUCUGUAACCGCCUUUCUACAUUCCCCACCUCCUCCCCAUCCUCAUCCUCAUUUCAACUUCCCUCCCAUCUGCUAUGGAGAAAACGAUGGAAACACCUUUUGCCCUCCCUUGACUGUUAUGCCCCUCAAAUCAGAUGGCUCUCUUUAUCUCAUGGACGAUUUCUCAACUACCCAAUCUCAUCAAGGGAUGGGAACAACUUCAACACCAACAAUGGGUCUCCAUCAUCAUCAUCAUCAUCAUGAACCCAUUGCUCUAAGCUUAGACAUGAGCAUGUACUACAAUCAUAACCAUCAAACCCAUCAAACUGAUCACGAAUCCAACGCCCAAGAUUGUUUUAAUCAUUCCCUGGACAAGAUUAAUGAAACCCACAUUACCGAUUGCAACAAUAUCCAUCUCCAAAACUGGGUUUCCCUCCGUACAAACAAUGGUGGUUCUGAUCAAAUGAUGUUGCAGAAUGCUGGAGGUGCAGGAGGAGGAGGUCAAUCGAUGGGAUACGGUCAUGAUUUUCAGUCAUUGAGUCUUUCUAUGAGCCCUGGCUCACAGUCGAGCUGUGUAACCGGUGGAGGUUCGCAGAUGUUCACAUCACCAACUGUGAAUCAUCAAUGUCUGGAUAUUGUGGAGCCAUCAAAGAAGAGAGGGGCUGAAAAGGUUGAUAAUCAGAAGCAGAUUGUUCAUAGGAAAUCUUUGGAUACAUUUGGUCAGAGAACAUCUCAGUACAGAGGUGUCACUAGGCAUAGAUGGACAGGUAGGUACGAAGCUCAUUUAUGGGAUAAUAGCUGCAAGAAGGAAGGGCAAAGUAGGAAAGGAAGGCAAGUUUACUUGGGAGGUUAUGACAUGGAAGAAAAAGCAGCCAGAGCUUAUGAUUUGGCAGCUCUAAAAUACUGGGGACCUGCCACCCAUAUCAAUUUUGCGUUGGAAAACUACGAGAAGGAACUCGAGGAAAUGAAGAACAUGACACGCCAAGAAUAUGUUGCUCAUUUGAGAAGGAAGAGCAGUGGAUUUUCUAGGGGGGCUUCAAUAUAUAGAGGAGUAACAAGACAUCAUCAACAUGGAAGGUGGCAGGCAAGGAUUGGUAGAGUUGCUGGUAACAAAGAUCUUUAUCUUGGAACAUUCAGUACACAAGAGGAGGCUGCGGAGGCUUAUGAUGUGGCUGCGAUAAAAUUCCGGGGAGUUAGUGCUGUGACUAACUUUGACAUAUCGAAAUACGAUGUGGAGAGGAUUAUGGCGAGCAAUACUCUCCUAGCCGGAGAACUUGCUCGCCGGAACAAGGAAGUGGUGGUGGUGGUGGAUCCGCCUGUGAAUUUGAGACAAAGGGCUAAUGAAGAAUCAGAUUUGAAGAUGAUUAUUUGUCAAUCCUCUGGUUCUGGUAAUGGAAAGGGUUCAAGAGGAGAAGAAGAAGAGGAAGGGGUUGUUAGUAAUAUGGAGAAAGAACAAGAUGAGUUGCAGAAUGGAAGCACUUAUUGUUUCUCACUUAUGAGGCCUCCUCCAUUGACAUCUUUGCCUCAUGGACCUUUGUUUGCUGCAUGGGCUAAUGCAUCAUGAAGAAUGUGGGGGUAUGGUAUGGUAUGGUUUUAUUAAUAUCUAUCUUUUUAUGUAAUUCUGUUUUUAAUUACUUUAUGAGUUUUGCUUCUAACAAAUUAAUGGGGGUCUAAGUUAAGUGUGGGACAUGGGUUAUUUUUUAAAUCUUGAAAUGAUAGUUUUUGAAGAGAUAGGUUUAAUUAAUUCUCAUGAUGAUCAUGACAAUGUUCUUUUGACUGUGAAUCAAAGUGAUCCCAUUUUCAUGA